CCGGUUCUUAACUUUAGAUGCAAAGACGCAUCCAGAUAUGUAAGAUCUAUGGAUGCAUCUUUGGAUCUUGUCGACGAGAACAUUUUUUUGCAUAUUUGCACAGAAGAAUUUGUUUUUGUAAAUUAGUGAGAAGUGAAAUAUUACAAUUACGCAAAUAUGGCGGAUAAUGUCAAACAAACAAAAAAUGAGACAGAAGAUCAAGAAUUAAAUGAUUUAUUGGAUAGUGCUUUAGAAGAUUUCAAUAAAGUAUCUAUAUCAAGUGUCGAAGAGAGCAAUAAUGUAAAUACAGAAGAUUCACAGAGGCAAACAGAUAAACAUGAAACAUUUGAAGUCAAGUGGACGGAAGAUUUUCUCCAACAAACAGCCGAUCAGUUUGAAAAAAAUUUGCAAAACUUAUUACAAAAUGGAGAUAGCGAACUGGAGGCUGCUUUACAGAAGUUUGGACAAACAUCAUCUAGUAAUACGGCAGAUGAAAAAGAUGUGAACGCAGAUUUUCAAUCUGCUAUUUCACAAGUUUUGAAGGAUUUAACUGCAAAUUCUGAAAAUUUACAGAAUGAAGCAGAUAUGGCAGCUAUGCUAGGGCAAACAUCUCUCGAUGGUGAUACUGGUGAUUUAUUACCAUUUAUGCAAGGAAUGAUGGAGCAUCUUUUAUCAAAAGAAAUUCUUUAUCCAUCAUUGAAAGAACUGUCGGAUAAAUAUCCAGUGUGGAUAGAGGAACACAAAGCCACUUUGAAUGCUUCUGAUUUGCAAAGGUAUACAAAACAGUCAGAGUUGAUGCAAAAGGUGUGUAUUGAAUUAGAAAAGGAAAAAGAAGACGAUACAGAAGAUAUUAAGCAACGUCGAUUUGAAUGUGUAUUGAAACUUAUGACAGAAAUGCAAAGUUAUGGUCAAGCACCUGACGACCUUGUUGGUGAACAGUGCUCACUUUUUCAAUUUGAUUCUGAAGGCAAUCCCACCUUUCCAUUUCCACCUGGAGUAGACUCGCAGCAGGAUUGUUGUAUUAAUUGAAUAUAUGACAUAGUUCUAUAAAUGUUUCUGGAAUAUUAUAUUGUUUCGAUUAUUUUUACUAUUUUUAUUUCAUAAAUAGUUUAAAAAGGUUUAUUGUUUGGUUUUCAAUGAUAAAUGUUGCGCUAAUAUAUGAAUAUAUUAAAUACAUAGACAAAAUAUAUAUAUUACAAAACUUACUUUGGUUUAGGCAAUCCCUUUGAAUUUCGGGACGACCUUCUCAUAGCUAAAAUUAUGUGUAAUAAAUAUCGUAAUAAAUUUUAAUUGUUUUAUAAUA